CCGUUAUGAUAUCCCAUUGUGUCAAAUCAUAAUAGUUGAAUGUCUAACAUGAAACUAAAUCACAUUGUACCUUAAGCGUCUAUAUCCGUUAUCGUCUAAUACUGAGGGAUGGUGUAGUCUUUUAGAUCAAAUUGCCUCUAGUACUGGGUGCUUUUUCCUCAUGUUGGCAGUGGGCUACGCUGACGCGACAGUUCAAUCCGCUUACACUACAUCAUAGCAUGGAGUUAUACAUGAAGGAAUGGCAGACGCUGGCCAAGUUGGCACCACUUUAAGCCUCCUAUAAAGUCUUCUGAGUGUUGAUUGGCGCACCCUUAUACGGACCUCUCAAGGGGUUAAGCAACUUUCCCUCUGGGACCAAUAGACCUCUCGGCAGUAGCCUGUUUUUACUGCACAGACCGGUAGUCGUACGUGCCCGACAGACAAGUAAACAAACUGGCACUGGUAGUUCAAGGUGAAACAAAAGGCCAUCUUGCUUUGGUUCAUCAUAGACAAGGAUGGACAGGCAGCUCAUACCACUUCUUCUCAGCUUCGUCUCCAUCUUGACCCAGGUGCAGGGAGACAGUGUUCUUAACCAGUUGAAUUUGAGCGAAAAACAUCAGCACUUGCUCUCAAAGCUCUCACACUACGAACUUAUCCGACCUUACCGCUCAACGCAAGAUGGUGGCUUCCUUAGCAACGACCUAGCAACGGCGAAGGAAGAGGAACGACACAUCUACCAUGAAGCCAAAAAGCGUUCUUUGCGCAGUAAGAAUGCGCAUCGUGACACGAGGAGUACCGACGAUGACGUAGCAGACAAACCAAUAUUUCAUCAUUUUCGGGUCGAUGCUUUCGGAUCUCGAAUGAUGUUGAAUGUUACAAGGAAUCGAUAUUUGGUAUCGCCGAAAAUGAGAGUUGAGAGGUACAAGGGAGACGGUAGCAAGUUUGUGUUUCGACCUAACACAUUGUGUUUCUAUACUGGUAAAGUUAAAGGUGCUAUCAGUUCAUCAGUCGCUGUUAGUAACUGCGAUGGUUUGAGUGGUUCAAUUAGAGCUGAAAGUGAGGAGUACAUCAUUGAACCAUUAACAUCUACAGUUGCCAACCAAUCGAUAUUCAAUAUUACUGAAGGGCAUCUUCACAUCAUGUAUAGAGCCAAAGACUUCAAAGUCGCCUCAGCACAAGUCGAUACUUUCUUUAAUAUAGAUCAAACUCGAGAUACAAUAACUCUGUACGAGAUGGGGAGUAGGUUUACAAAGAGUACUGCCAACCUUCCUCAUCAGAAACGUAAAGCUUUCGAUUCAGAGAAACCUUUUGUUGUGGAGACAUUGAUUGCUGUUGAUCACUCUGUUGCUUCCUACCAUGGUGUGGAUGAACUGCAUACCUACUUACUCUCCAUGUUGAAUAUUAUGAAUAAUGCUUACAAACAUGAAACAAUGCCAGUGAAUCUCCAGUUUAUUGCCACCAAGAUUAUAGUCUUAAAUGAAGAGCAGUCGGAUGUGAUCGUAGAGGGCAACUACAGAGAGAGUUUAUCCAAUGUAUUCCAGUGGGUUUCAUCUAUAAGCUCAGGAGACCAUGACUAUGCUUCAUUCAUAACUAGAACUAACUUCGGCCCAGCAGGUUUUGCUCCACUGUCAUCGAUGUGUAUGAGUUAUUGGAGUAGUUCGAUUACUAGUGAUCAAGGUCUUAUAUCAGCUUUCAUCAUGGCACACGAAGCAGCACACGUCUUAGGUAUUGAACAUGAUGGAGAUGACAACAAUUGUGAGCCGUACUUAACAUCAAUCAUGAGUCCAUUGAUAUUAUCUACAUAUCAUGAUUAUUACUGGUCAAAUUGUAGCGUCAAAUACCUCAAGAAACACCUAAGGAUUUAUCCUUGUAUUGAGGAUAGUCCGUUUAGUAAAAGUGUUCAAGAAGUUGCAGAGUAUCCAGGAGAGUUGUACUCAAUAGAAAGACAAUGUAAACUUUCUUAUGGAGAAAACUCAAGGCAGUGUGGUAUGCCACAGGAUUUUAAUACCUGUAUGUUCAAAUGUUCUGAUCAUCAUAACCCGUGGAUAUGUAAGGACUACCCAACACCGGCACUAGACGGCUCAGCGUGUGGCUACGGUAAUCAGUGGUGUAUGAAGGGUGACUGUAAAGAGAAACCUCCUAAAAGGAAUGGCAAAUGGGGGAAAUGGUCAAGUUGGGGGCCAUGUUCGUAUGAAUGUGCGACCGGAGUCAAGACAAGGCAACGGAAAUGUGACAAUCCAAGACCUGCGUAUGGAGGGAAGGAAUGCACAGGGAAAUCGUUUCUCUUCAAACUUUGCAACAAACAGCCGUGCACCGAGGGUGUGGAUAGGCGGGCUGAGCAGUGCCAAGAUCACCUUGCUGCCGUCUUGAUCAAUGGCAAACCACACACUUGGAGUCCAUAUGAAGGAAGAAAUGAGUCCAUGCAGUGUAGGCUGACUUGUAUCGCAGACAAGACCCUGGACAUCCUUGGUACCCCGUACAUGGUAACCGAUGGUACCCCAUGCUCAUAUGAAGAUCCUGAUAAUAUCUGUGUUCGGGGUCAGUGCGUUAAAUUUGGAUGCGACAAACGCCUUCGUUCGAAGAACAAGGCGGAUAAAUGUGGUGUUUGCAAAGGAGAUAACAGUCACUGUACGUAUGUACAAAAGGAGUUCACAAAGUCACCUAAAAAACGAUAUCAGCGGAUAGAUACUUUACCUGCUGGAGCGUACAACAUAGUCGUGAAAGAGGAAACCGACACAAGACAUUUUCUGGCUCUCAGAACCGGCAAAACGUACAUUCUCAAUUCUGGAGGCAGAUACUGGGGACGACCAGAAUUUGUCUGGGGUGGCGCCCGAUUUGUCUAUUCAAAGGAAACUGAGCUCCUUCAAUCUGCUGGACCAACUCAUUCCGACCUCAUGCUGAUGAUCUUUUGGACAAAUGACACAAAGCCUGUAAAUGUAACUUACAGUUACUAUUUGCGUAUCAGCGAUGAACCCACUGCUUUAGAUGCUGCAGGACAACGUGAAGUUCCUUUAACCAAACCGUUGACUAGUCUGACCAAUAAACUUCAGGUAUCCUCUACUGAUGAUGCACAACGAUCGCCGAGAAUCAAACGCAAUGAUCACAUCAAAACCAUGGAGAGGUCCGGGGACCCUACAACUCUUCGGUGGCUCAAGAAAAAGCUAAUCAAACCCUAAGCAAUAUAUGAGACUUUGGAGUGCUGGGGCGGCAGCAGACUUACCAAGUAGUAUUUCUAUUGCUUACGUUAAUCUGUGAACAUGCCAUUAUUAUAAUACGAGAACAAUGCAUUUACCUAGUAAGUCUGCUGCCACCUACGUCCGAAAAGUCACCCAUUACGCAGGAAAAACAUCUUCAGUUAUGAAGAAAACCGAUUGUCAUCCAAUAUGAUUCAAUAAAGGUUCAUGGUCGAAGAAGAACAAUUUAAGGACACUGCUUUACCUGCAGCAUUAUGUGGUAAAGGUUACCCCUUCAGGGUUAAUGCAAAUUGUGUGUUUCAGCUCAAAAGGAAAAUAACAAUGCUUUUAGUAUUCCUAGUUGCAUGAAUAACGAAUUCGCAUAUAUCAAUAGUUUGUUGCCACCAUAAGAGCGGUGACCGCUAAUUCUACCUCCCUGCUUUAUACGUAAUGAGCAGAAGAGGCAUGAAAUGUAACCCGGGUUGUGCUUUGUUAAAAAAUGUGGUAAAACUUUCACCAGUAGCUGCUGAAAGUUGCCUUGUGACGUCAGUGAGGAGUCCAUUGAGUAUGGUAGCGAUAUGUGCUUAUUAGGCCUACAGCAACAACAACAGCUUUUGUUAUAAUAAUCAUGAGAAGAUAAUAUAAACUGUCUGUAAUAAUAAUCAUCAUAAAAUUAUAUUGUAUCUUUAUUGACGAUCAAUGUUGGAUUUUUAAAUUCAAAUUUAAGGUUCAAACAUUCUUCGUACAAAAUGUGUAUACCAGUUAAUAGGCCAAUAAUAAUAGUGUAUCUUUUUGUAACGUGUUUGUUUUAUUUCAAAAGUAAACAAAACUUGACACUUUAAAGCAAGCUGUCUCUCCCUAAUGUUUGUACUCUCAUGAAAAAUUAGAGCAGCAUUAUUAAUAAAAAUGUAAGAGUCGAAUAA